AUGGCAGAUAGUGAACCAUAUGCAAUUGUAGUUCAAUUUCAAACAUGGAGGCUUUUAAAGACCACUAGGGAGCAUCCUGAAUUUGCCAGUAUGGAUGACACCACUCUGACGGCGCCAGACUUUUUGGCGUUGUCAACAUUUGACAAAGAUACUCAAAUUGACUUUGUCAAGAAAAGAGCAGAACAAUUCUUUGUCGAUCUGGUUUGCUACCACUUAAGCGACGCCGGUCUGGCUGCCCUCGGAAUGGCGAAACCAUCGUUGAACGCCGAUCUGUUGGAACUCAUUCAAGACACAAAGAUCUCAUCUUACUUUCAAGCGUAUGCUCCACUCUGGCUACUCCAAGCUAUCUACCAUUACGAUGAGGGAGAAUAUACUUCGCAAAUCAAAGGUGGAGCCGUGGAAAACAGAAUGUUUGCCCUGAAUCGUAGUAAUGUUUUCAUUCGUUUGACUAUGAUGAUCUAUCAUAUUGCCCUGAAACAAUUGGUUCCGGCGAUGUUGCCAUUCAUCUAUUGGAGUGAUGUCGAUGUUUUCCAGGCAAGAGUCAGAAACUAUUUCAAGGAUGUAGGAAACACAACCAGAUGGUUGAUCGAUGCCAUUAAAUGCCAGAAUGCAGAUGUCAAAGACCCAUCGUUUUUCGAUAGCUAUCGUUUCAGUGAAUUGAAAACCAAGCUCGAUCUCCUCCAGCCAAACAAUCGUCUUUCCAAUGAUCUACUUGGUGGUCUUCAAUAUGCACUGUUGGCAUACUAUGCUACAAAGAAUCUUAUCAACAAUCCUCUCAAUAGAAACAUCGUUAUUCGUUGCACAGAAAUCGUUAUCAAUAGAAUCGUUGAGCAUCCAGAGAACAACAACAACGCAAUAGUAAAUACCAUUAAAACUACGCUUGCCUACGAUACUCCAACACUCAUCACCAAACUUUCAAAUCUAAUGAACAAGGCUGCUUUGGAAAUACCGUUUGAUCAAGUGGUUCCCAUUGAAAACAACUUCCAAUCCACUGCUAAACCAUAUACACCAGAGCUGUUGGCUACUACUGAUUUUGCUCCACUCAAAGACAACGCAGAUUUUGCCAGAUUUGCCAAUGCCGUCUAUUGUACUUGUCAUGUCGGUGUCUUGGCAUACGGUAUUCUUAAUGGUGAGGAUGAAAGUAAAGUAAUUUUCUAUGAUCCAUCUUUGAUCUAUAUCGGAGCUGGUCUGUUCAUCUAUAAAUAUGCCGAUGCUUUGGAUCAAGGAAGAAUCUAUAGUGCCAUGGGAGAGUUCCUUAGAAGUCUCACCAAUGAGAUGGCCAAAGAUGCAACCGAUGUAUUCUCUGCCUACAAGAACUUUGUUCCAAGAAUGAUUCAUAUAAACACACGUGAUCAUAUUCUCCGAUUGAUUCCAUCGUUCUAUAUUCUCACCCGUGAUCAACAGGCAUUCCAACUAUUCAAUAACUUGGCUUCGAGAAUCUUAGAUUGGGGACAGCUCGUCAUUAACUUGCAUCGUAUGGAUGAGAAUGAAAUCGACAACUGUAUUCCAGGCUUGUUCACCGUUCUCAAGAAAUGUGCAUGCGCUGGUCCAUCGACUGCUCUCAUCCUUGGAAAUGGUCUGUACGGUUUGUCGGUGGCGUCCAGAGUUUACCCUCAGCUCGAGAUGACCGCUAAAAACUAUGAGAUUGCCUGUGCUGGUCAAACCGACAUCUCUACUAUCCCCGAUCGUAUAGGAGAGUUUAUUGAGUCUGUCGAUGAAGACCUCACAAUCGACUAUGACAAUUUGCAGAUUGACCACGAUGAAUGGGAGAGUUACUACGAAUCACUGGAUCCAAGAAUUCAAAAAGGUCUCGACAUUUUGAUGCAUGUUACCUCUGGAGACUGGACCAAGGUUGAGGGAUCGACUGCCACCAUACCCAUCGCACGUCCAAGCACAAUCAUUGCAAUGUUACAAUUUUCAUCGGAUGUACUGAACAAUCCAAACAGUGGUAUAUCGAUUGAUGUCACCUCUGCUCUCAACAACAAACUGAUGACACUUGGAGGCAUGAACACUUAUCCAUGGCCGGUGGGAACCAGUAUAGCACAUGCAAGAGAUUGGUCCACAGGUUGCUCAAUCACUCAAGAGAUAGUUCAACCUGGCUUCUAUGAAUAUGAUAUUAGAGCCAGAAUUAGAGGUGCUCCCGCAACCGCUCUUAUCCAUGCUCCUGCUACCAUAUUGUUCAUCGUCCCACUGUAA